GCAUAACUCUGCAACAAUCCCGACUGUUUUCAGGGAGAAUCUCGUCGCUGGGAGGCAAGGGAUAUAAAUACAGGAAGAGAAGGCGGGGACCCACCCAAACAAAGCUCGACCUGCCGCCAAGCCCUUCUCCACCGAGCGGAAGACCAAUCACCAAACCGAUCAGACCAUCAACGAUACCAUAUACCGACGCCAACGAUUCAUCUGUCUAUCUCAGGAACCUAAAGCAUAGUACAACUUCUCACGGGGGAGCACCUGCAACCAGACAGGUCUUGUUUGCAAGAUGCAACAUCCUGCCUCGUCCACCGAGUCGCUACCCUAUGGCGAAUCGUCACACUUUAAACAACAAUCGAGGGAUAGGCGAAGCGUGGAUUUGACGGGUAAAGGGGUGACGAGCAAGGUCGAUGAUGUGGUGGGGAAGUUUGAUGCGAAAUUGAACGAGAUCAACAAAGGCUACUUGGCGUUCUUCAACGAACGAAUACACAUCGAAGAGCAAUACGUCGAUUCGCUUCAAAGGCUCUACGUCAAGUCUAGGGCGUUCGACUCGCUUUACGAAGAUGGAAUCGACGGACCUCUACCUACGUCCCGACAGGCCUGGCGAGAAGUCCGGGAUCAUACGGAACGGGAAGCGGAUACUCGACGGGCGUACUGCGAAGCUCUGCAGGAUAGCGUGGUCAGGAUCUUACAGGAGAUGGCGAGUGUACAGGGUAGAAUCAAGGGGAGGAUCAGGGAGGAUCUGGAGAGGGCCACGAACAUGUACAUCGACCAAGCCGAACACACCCUGCCCAAACUGAAAAAGGCGUACUUUAAGAAGUGUCAAGAGGUCGAGGAUCAGAAACGGCAAGACGCGGCUAUUGCUCAUCAAGCAAGGUUACUGUCUGACCCGGUCCACGGCGAUCGGUCAUACUCGCCCUUAGGGACGCCUUCGUACGAACAUCCUUCAAACCCUUAUGCCAGCCCACCUGGAAUGUCGGCUCCACUUCCACCAUCGGCGAACCCGGCUCUUGCGAACAACGUCUCGUUCGAUAACGACGGUCCUGGAGGUAGAAGAAGAGCGGGUUCGACGGGCCAGGCGGACAAGGCCAAGGAGGUCUUUGGAGAUCUGGCCAACACGGGCAAACGAGGCUUGAACGCCUUCAUGGCGAGGUUCGGCGGGGACAAGGAAAAGGAAAAAGAUACCAAGAGCCCGGAAGAGGGUUUCGUCGUCCUUCCUCCGGCGCACCCAAGUGGCUCGCCUCUGAACUCGGGAGGGAUGCAGCCGUUACCUUCAGCUCCCAUGGGUACGGCUUUAGGACAUGUGAAAUCGCCGAGCGGGUCUUAUGGAACUGGAAGGGUACCGGAUGGGAUCGCCGUCAAGGCCAGCGCGAUGAAGGGGGUCAAAUUGAAGCGCGAGGCGGAAGAGGCAGACAAGGCGUAUAGGGAAGCCGUGUUCCACCUCGAAUCUCUGAGGCUGCGACGGAACAAAAUUCAAGCUUCCGCUUCAGAUAGUUUCGACACGUUCACGGCCGAACUUUGCGGAUCGCUCAAAGCCUGUCUGAUGGCCUAUAUCGAUUGUUCGUCAGCCACGGCAGCUACGAACGCUCAGAUGGUCGAGCAUCCGAGGAAGGCUGUUGAAAGCGUAGAUAUCGCAAAGGAUGUCGCUAUCUUCAGCGGCCCAGCUCAUCUGAAGACGAUCAACUUUGCGACUCCCGUACUUUACGAGAAUUAUUAUGUUGGCCAAUGUCGCUCUCUAAUAUUUGGAGUCUCUCUCAACGAUUACGAGUACACGAGGGCCGACAAGGAUCAUGGACACCCUCCUGCCAUCGUGGUCAAAUGCAUUGCAGAGCUCGAUGCAAGAGCUCUACAGAUGGAAGGGAUUCAUCGCAUCAAUGGAAGGGUCGCGGCCGUUCAGCAGCUCGUAUACGAGAUCGAGCAAGACGAGCGAGCUUUCCAAUUCUCCCCUGAACACGAGAUUUCAGUGGUCUCCGCCGUCUUGAAGAAGUAUUGUCGGGAGUUACCUGAGCCGAUCUUCUACUUUCCUCUCGCCGAUCGGAUAAGGUAUACCGAAAACCGAGAAUCCCAUAUAAGCAGCAAUUUCUCCGCCAUCCGAGCGAGGCUGUCCAGGAUGCCGCCCAUUCACCAGUCGACGUUGCGCGUGAUCGUUGAGCACUUGUCACGAGUGGCUGCGCACUCGACGCAGAACAAGAUGGACGCCAAGAACCUGGCCGUGAUAUUUGGAAAGACCUUGUUUGGCGAAGACGAGCUACCCAAAGACGGCGGUUUGAAGAAUUUCAAGGUUGGAAAGGACACUGUGGUGGAGGACAUGAUCAACUAUGCACCGCUACUUUUCAGUCGAGAGGAGAGCGAUGCGCCGGUUUUGCCUGCCGGAGCAGCUCUUUCUAGGAGCGGCAGUCUAUCUUACCAACCCGUUCAUACCGGUAUCGGCUCACAUCAUACGCGAGCCAAAUUACCCAAAGUGGACACGUCAAUGGCGUCCACUGCAGAGGGAUCCAUGGGAAUGCAUCGCAUCAACCUGAACGACGAGGCAUACGACUCGCCGGAAAAGGCUGGACCCUCCCGAACGUUCUUGCCUCCCGGCGCAGCGUCCCCAAUUUCCGUCUCACCGCCAAACCCAAACCGAGAAUUUGCACCUCCUCCUCUUCCGCCGAGGAGACCCGCGGACGUCGGUAGUAUGCAUACGAGACGUCCGUCUUAUAACGCCACCUCACCGCAAUCCCACGCGGAUGAGAUGGGAGGAAGGGCAUACGAGCCGUUAUCACCCGGUACGACAAGUACAGCGACGACGUCGCCGGCCACGGCCUUGGGCCAUUCGCUCGUCCAAGAGGUCGACGAGCCGGUUGGGCCUGUCACGCAAGGGAUGCAGCAUGAGCGGCUCGAGGAGGAGGAGGACGAUGAUGUCGGAAAUAAGACCAUCACGCAGCCUAUAGAGGGAACGCAGAGAGCUCCUUCGCCUGACCUCGUGGGCGUUCAUCAUGAGCUCGCCGAGAAGGAAGUCGACCCCAAGCGAGGCUAGCUCGAGCUGAUGUCAGGGGACGGCGGGAGGACCGGGAUAAUUGUGCAGAGGAUACCAACGUGAUGAGCACUACCAGGUCAAGGUCGGAAUACUUGUUGAACGUGAAUGAUCCUACUAUUAUAAUACAUUAGUUCUUGUAUUGCUUUACUGCUGAGCUGCUGAUCGAAUUCGGCGUUGUGCGCGCUAAAGCGAAUCGAGAACACAGAGAGCAAUUAUAAGGUGGAGCACGACCUGCGAUAUCGCUGAGCUGUUCAUGCCAGCCGACUUUGAUUCCUAGCUACGAUCAAAUCAUAUUCAUCUCGAA